AAUGUUCCCCCUCGUGCAGACCGCUCUCUGAACAGUCUGCGUCGCUGGCGCGCGACCACGAGUACAGUAGGCGGGCUCUGUGUUGUGAUAGGCCGUUGCUAAGAUACGCCCAAGAUUGACAGCGUUCCUGUUUCCGGUUCAUUCCGCUGUGCGCAGAAGUUGCUAGUCACAGGAGCCACAAUGGCGUUUGUAGUCUCCUUCAGAUAGGGCUGUGGAUGAUAUUAAAUCCACUAGCAUCGCCCUAAAUAUAGGCCUGGUUGAUUCCCAGAGCCAUUGAUAAUAAACUGGAACAUCUACUGCACACGAAAAUACUAUGAUUUCUAAUCAAUAUUGAAUUUAUAGGGGAUAAAACUUACAUUAAAGGGAACAUGUAAACAGUACCAACCGGGUCAAGUUUUCAUUUUGUUCGAGAAACGAGCGUCUUUUAAUGAAGGCGUUUGCUUGUUUCUGAAUGCUAAGACCGUAAUUCUGUGGAAUAAAAACACCUUUACUUAACUUGGCACCGGACAAGGACACCUUUCACAAAGGGACUUUUUUUCUUUUUUACGAGUCAGCUCGCUAGCCGCCGAGCAUUAGCUAGCAGUGCUAGCUAAAUUGAGACGGAGACGACACCACAAUGCUCCGAUGUUUGGUUGGGAUCUUUUUCAUUCACUGACUAACUCAAAGUACAUACUUUACAGCACUGGGAAACCACCUUGGCAUUUUUCUUCUUUGACGAGCUAUGCUGGAGAUCUCAAUGGAAUGAAUUGGCACUGAGGAGGACUGGACGUGAGCGGCCUGGUGUGUUUAUUUUGUGUAUGUUCCUGCCCUGUUUCUGCUUAGUAACACUUUUUUUUAUUUUGGCAUUUGGAGUAGCUACUGUUUUCCUGUUAAUGAAUUGCCUGGACCACCGAGGCCCAGUAGCAGGAGAGGAAAAGACGCCGGCGUGAGGGAUGCCUGGGUCGGACCGACACCAUGGGACCAAGAGGAAGCCGGAAUCUAGCAACAGCGGUGUACCACACCAGACCCAGGCCCCGAGUCAUACCUCUGCGGGAGACAAGACGAGCAAAGACGGCAAGGUGCAGUUAAAAUCUUCAAUGUCCUCUUCCUCUUCAAAACGCAAACGGCAUAAAUCAACCAAACAUAAUCGGGAAUCCUCGGCGGCACCAGGACCCGAAUAUUUUGCCCUCGGCGAUACGGCGCCACCUGGUGUCAACACGGUGAAGCCUCUCGUGGAGUACGAUGAUAUCAGCUCCGACUCGGACACUUUCUCGGACCCGCCGUCCUCCAGGCCUUCUGAGAGGGGGGUCGGGGAGCGACUGGAGCCCUCACCAGACUACGACAGGGACGAUAUCGACAGAGAAGACGGGGGUAGAGAGAACACGGGGCACAGGCACCCCCGGAAAAAGUCCAAGGAUCCUAACAAAGUUAGAGACUCUGGGAAUGGAGAACGUGGGUACAAGAAAAAGAGCAGCAAAGACCGUGAGAAGGGGAGCUCCGGAAAGAGCAAGGAGAAGGCGGCCUCAUCGGGCCUAUCAUCCAAACGCCAGGUCCAGCCAGAGGGAGAGUCUAAACGCGGGGAGCUGAUGCUCUCCUCCCAGGUACAGCCUGCAGCUAGUGUAGGUAGCACUACUUCCUCCACAUCCUCAUCUCGCAGCAAGGAGAGCAGCCGCUCAGGGAAGUCUCGCAAAGACAGGCAGCAGCGGAGAGAAGGCCGAGGGGAGGGCAGCCGCAGCUCCUCCCAGAGGAGCCGAGCAGAUAGGAGCCACCGCAAGUCCUCCAAGAGCCACAAGUCAAGCCCUAAGGGCAAGUCCUCGGGUAGAGGUAGCCCCCGCAGGAAGGGCACCGGCUCUGCUCUUUCGCCAAGUCCCAGAAGAGGGGCCGGCAGCGAGAGUCCGCAGGGCAGUGGGUAUGGCCAGCAGGGGGACGACAGCUACUCCAGGCGAAGGGCGGCCCAGCAGAGCCCCAGUCCGUACGGGGACAUGUCUCGCCGCAGCAGACAGAGAUCAGACAGCCCUUACGGCAGCAGACACAGGUCCUCCAGCUAUGAGCGGGACAGCAGCCCUUACUCAAGGAGACGCUCCAUCAGCCCCUAUGGGAACCGCAGGUCCUCCAGCACCAGCCCCAUGUCUCGACGGUCCGGCCGUUCCAGGAGUCGCUCCCCUCUGCACUACUCUUCUUCUCGUCGCUCCUCCUCUCGGUCCCGUAGUAAGAGGCAUACUUCCUCCGGUGUUGCUGGUGGCAGCUCCCACAGCAGCCGGCCAGCUAGCCGCUCCCCUCCCUCCUCUCGUCUGCCACUUAACUCCAGCCUUGGAGCAGAGCUAAGCCGAAGGAAGAAGGAACGGCAGGCUGCUGAGGCUGCUGCUCGUGCCAGUGGUGGUGCUUCCCCACUUCCACCAGCACGUAAAUCCACAGGUCCCUCUUUUUCACGGUCCACUAAAGCUGAGGCUUCACAGCCAGAAAGAGACUCUGCAGCAGUAGCAGAACCUCUGCCCCCACCACCUGUGUUGUUACCCCAGGGCGCGCCCAGUGGCGAAGAUCAGGUUACUGCCCCUCUAGCUGCCUCUUCCACCUCCUCUCCGGCACCUCCUCCUCCUCAGCCUUCUCCUCCUGUGCCACCCGGUCCAGCCACCCAGAUUCCACCACCGCCUCCUCAGGCAGAAACAGGUGUUCAGCCUCCUGCACCCUCCAACACAUCCCAGGCCAAAUCGCCAGCUCCUGUUCCUCCACGAAGCCCCGCCCGCCAGACUCCGCUCCACAAGACCUCGACUCUGCCUCCCCUGCCUUUACCGCCUGCACUGCUGGGAAACGCUCAGGGCAGUCCAAAGAAGUCCACCCCUCCUCAGAGGCUAUCAAGGAAGGACAAGGAAAUUCGCAGUCGGCCAUCACUCAUUGACCUUCCUUUACCACCUACUCUGCCCGGAGGUGACUCCUCACCCCCACAGUCCCCCAUCCGCCAGGCUCCACCGCUACCCCAGCCAGCCCUUAAGAAGAGACCAAAGAUUUGCUGCCCGCGAUAUGGCGAGCGCAAACAUACCCAGAGUGACUGGGGCAAACGCUGUGUAGAUAAAUUUGAUAUAAUUGGCAUCAUAGGGGAAGGCACCUACGGCCAGGUGUAUAAGGCCAAGGACAAAGACACAGGUGAACUGGUGGCUCUGAAGAAAGUGCGCUUGGACAAUGAAAAGGAGGGUUUCCCUAUCACCGCCAUUAGAGAAAUCAAGAUUUUGCGGCAGCUCAAACACCGCAGUGUUGUCAACAUGAAGGAGAUUGUCACUGACAAGCAGGAUGCACUCGACUUUAAGAAGGACAAAGGUGCUUUUUAUCUGGUGUUUGAGUACAUGGACCACGACCUGAUGGGCCUGCUGGAGUCGGGCCUGGUCCAGUUCUCCCAUGAGCACAUUCGCAGCUUCAUGCGCCAGCUGAUGGAGGGUCUGGACUACUGCCAUAAGAACAACUUUCUUCACAGAGACAUCAAAUGCUCUAACAUCCUACUCAACAACAGAGGUCAGAUCAAACUGGCUGACUUUGGUUUGGCCCGGCUUUACAAUUCAGAGGAAAGUCGGCCGUACACUAAUAAAGUAAUCACACUAUGGUACCGCCCUCCUGAACUCCUGCUGGGAGAAGAGAGAUACUCUCCAGCCAUUGAUGUAUGGAGCUGUGGGUGUAUUCUGGGAGAGCUGUUUACCAAGAAGCCCAUCUUCCAGGCUAACCAGGAGCUUCUGCAGCUGGAGCUGAUCAGCCGUCUGUGCGGGAGUCCCUGUCCUGCAGUCUGGCCUGACGUCAUUAAACUUCCCCUCUUCAACACCAUGAAACCCAAGAAGCAGUACAGACGACGGCUGCGGGAAGAGUUUGCCUUUUUACCUACUACUGCUCUAGACUUGCUGGACCGAAUGCUGACCCUCGACCCUGCCCGACGCUGCACAUCGGAGCAGGCUCUCAAUAGUGACUUCCUGUGUGACAUUGAGCCCAGCAAGAUGCCGCCGCCAGAUCUUCCUCAUCACCAGGAUUGCCACGAGCUGUGGAGUAAGAAGAGACGGCGUGCACGUCAGAGUGGGCUGCCUGAGGAUGUGCCUGUGCCCAAAGUGCCCCGUAAGGAUGCGACAGGGACCUCCACUGGAGAGAAUAGCCGGCCCCAAUCCAGCCCGGCUGCAGCCCCGCCGCCUCCACCAGGAAAACCUCCUUCCACCGCCAAUUUAGAGCGUGACUUGUCAGGCCUGGGAGCUGCUGCAGAACAGUUGAACCAGACAGAACUGGCAGUGCUGCUGAACCUCCUCCAGGGACAGACGGACCUCAGCCUACCCCAGGUGGCUCAGCUCCUCAACCUGUCCAACCCAGAGGCUCUCAGCCAGUCGCUGUCCGCACUCAGUGAGACCUCUGACCAGCAGGGGGCUUCGGAGGACCAGGCUCCGUCUGCUGCCAGGUCCCAGCCCCCAGAGCCUCCUCCUGAACCCCAGGAACUCUCACCAACAUCCGGAGACCCGCCACUCAGCCAGGAAGACCAGGCCAAUCUGCUGGCUCUCAUUUUAGGUCACAUCAUCAAGCCACAAACCGAGGAGCAAGGCGAUGAGAGCAAUGGCGUCCAAUCAGAGGAGGCACUAACGCGCGAUUCGUCCGCCUCUACUACUGAUCGCAAGGAUGGUGCAGCAUCAAAAAGGAAACCGCUUGGGGCCAACCAGAUACCUCCAUCUGGUGAGCAGCGUCCACCGUCUCCACCAGGGCCACCUCCAUCAGCUCUUCUUGGAAAUGCCCAGCAGGCUGGGUCUGAAACCCAAUCCAGUCAGGACAUCAGCCCUGCCGUGGCAGCCGCCUUGCUCCAGCUCAUCUCUCAGCAAGACUCAGAAUCUGCGGCCCCUCAGCGCAGUAAGGACCCCUCGCCUGCUGUGGAUGCUCCGGCCCGGGGACAGCCACCUCCACCCUGGGUUGCAGAUUCUUCACCUAAACCCUCAGCUGCAGCUGAGGCCCCAGCAGCACUGCUGACUACUGCUGCUACCACUGCAGCACAAUUCCCUAAGGACCAGGACCUCCGCUUUUCCCAUGGAGCCGCCCGCUGACCUUCAAUCCCCCGGUAAGACAGACCUAGGUAUCUUGGGAUGGCUCCAGCUCCCUGGCCUGAAAGGAAAGGCAGAGGGACACCUACAGAUUAUGACUCACUGGACCAUGAGCAGGUAGCUAAAGUUGUAUCAAAGAUGUUGAAAAUGAAUGUCUGAAAGAAAGAGAUUAAAAGCCUUUUUAGGUCGUGGAGAUCACUGCCCACUGAACAAGCUGUCAUGUUGUGUUGGAGGGAGUGUUUGGACCUGCGGUCGGUCUGACCUUUAACAAUCUAAUUCGUUACAGUCGCCACCUGCAAUUCCUUGCUCUUUCUUGUCCCCUGAAGGUCCUGACUUGAAUGAAGUUUAGCUUCCAAAUUGACACUCAACUUAAAAAGCAGCUGUGAUUUUUCUUUUUUCCUUUCUUUACUUUCAAAACAAAUGAUUGUCAUGUCCACUGCAGUGCCCACAAGAAAGAAAGGUAUCAUUGUUUUGGAGAAUUGAAGUCACUGUCCUCCACUCUGUCAUGAAGUGGUGUCUGUGACAAAGUGGAAGAUUAGCUGGAGCUAAAAGACAGUAUAUGGGUAUAUUUAAGGGAAUGAGUGUACCGUGAAAAGCACUAGAAGACCACAAACCCUAAAUGCUGGCUCGCUUCCCUGUUUUCAGCCUUGUGCCUCCUUUGUGACUCCCAACAACCCCCGAAUGAUCUCAGCCAAGUGGGGAAGUGUGGAUUAAGUUUCUGUUUGGAUGGCACCUACAACCGUGUACAUCUGCAGGACUGUAUUUUUCUUUUCAUAUUACCUAAAGGCUGUUCCAUAUUGCAUUCUGUUUGUCAUUAACCCAACUGAACUGCAAUGUGCUCUCGGCCACAUUAAGAUUUCCUUCCUUUUACAUGCGGCAAACCUCUGUGUCGUAACAAGCCUAAGCCUGUAGUUCUCACUUUCCUGUCUCAAAUAUGGAUUAAACCACUACAUAAUGAUCAACUGCUCCAUAACACACAUGCAAUUCUGCUAGUCGAAGUAUAAAGCUCUAAACAUAUAUACACAAACACACUCAUACAGAAACUGACUUCUCAAGCUUUUCCUGGUGGGCUCUCAAAGCCUCCUCUAAUACAUCGUCGCCUCCCUGCCAACUUGUGCAACAGAAGCUUUUUUUUUUUUUUUGGUGCAAUUAUUUUCUACAUAAAGAAAAUGAUACAUGCUUAAAAAAAUGGUCCAUGGUUCUGUUUCCUUUUUUUUUUUUUUUUUUUUUUUUUUUGGAAAAGGAAAGGAAAGAGAAAAAUGGUUUCAAGUGUCUGUAAAAAGGAAAAAAAAUAUUUUGUAAUAUGUGUUUUCUUGGUUCAGUUUAUUAAAGGAAGUUAUGCGACCAGUUGAA